AUGCAACCCCCCACCAACAACACCCAUGCAUUAAUCAACCCCAAAUCCACUCCAAAAAGACCAAAUAACUCCACCUCCGGCCACCACCACCGACCCCAUGGCACCACAACCCAGGCUUGCGCCGCGUGCAAGUACCAACGGCGCAAGUGCGCGGCCGACUGCAUCCUAGCCCCUUACUUCCCCCACGACCGCCAGCGCCAAUUUCUCAAUGCCCACCGCCUCUUCGGAGUUAGCAACAUCGUCAAGAUUGUCCGCCACCUCGAUCCGGCCGCCCGCCACCAUGCCAUGCGCACAAUAAUGUUCGAGUCCGAUGCCCGCGCCGCCGAUCCCGUUGGCGGCUGCCACCGCAUCAUCUGUCACCUCGAGUAUCAACUUUCCCUCGCUCGCUCUGAGCUUGACCUAAUUCUUCACCACCUCGCCCUUUGUCGGGCCGCCACACUCAGCCAUCACCCGCCCGAAGAUGGUCCACCCGACGUGAACUCCUCGUGCAUGCAAGGAUGUAAUAAUAAUAAUAAUAAUAUUUAUGAUGUUGGUACAGAUGAGUUGAAUGAGGAGUGCCACGAUAAUCGAGUGAGGGGUCUAUCGACAGACGAUUGCGAGCAGAUGAGGUGCAUUUUCGAUCACCUAUCGGUGCCGGAUGAUAUCAAGUUUGAUGCUCAUACAGACAUUCUCACAAGGUUAGUGUGUGGUCUUGAUAUUGAACCAAAGGCUAGUAUGAUCUAA